AUGGAAAAACGACCACGAAUUCCGGAGAUUCUGCCGCAUCAAAUUGCUCCCACAGCAAGACAUCUACCAGAUGACGUCACAGUUUAUUUAGACCCAGAAGAAGCGGCGGGCACGAUUCAGAGGGUUUAUCGGGGCUAUCGAACCCGGAGAGAGCUCCAGGGGCUGGGUGUCACCGCUUCACUUCGAUGGUUCGGGGAGCUCGAAGGCUUGAGACAAGCACCUCGGGAUGAUUUCAAAGGUCCCAAUUCGUCUAGCGACGAUGAUUGUAUCAGCCCAGCGCGUAAGCAUUGGCACCGGGCAGUCGAUGUUGCAAUGCGAGCCAGUAAAGAUGAUGAUCAACUGGUGAAGCAGAAUGGAAGUGAUCUCAAUGAAGGCCACAGCAUAUUUUCCAAGGCGUCCCCAAAAACGAUGGACUUGCAAUACUUUCUUGAAAUGGUGGACGCAAAGCAUCGGCAUGGGAGCAACCUUCGUGUUUACCAUACUGUUUGGAAGAGCUCGCCGUCCAGCGAAAACUUUUUCUACUGGCUGGAUUAUGGUGGAGGAAAGAAUGUUGAACUACCACAAUGCUCACGCGAGCAACUUGAAAAAGACCAAGUACGCUAUCUCUCUCCCGAAGAGCGGUUCCAUUACUUGGUUGAAGUAGAUGAUGCUGGUUUAUUCCGUUGGGCGAAGAACAACGAACUGGUUGAAACUGAUAACAGCCGAUUUCAAGACAGUCUACACGGGGUCGUUCCCGUUGUAGAUGAUGUAUCUCAGUAUGAAGACAACGUCGACUCUGGAUCUAUUUCUUCACAAUCAGAUUCUGCCUCACAUCUAUCAUCGUCGCUAUUGUCGCCUAGCUCCAGGAACAAUGAAGAUGGCGAAUUCAGCACAUUAACUCAGGAAGAUGAUGAACUAAACAAGGCCACCAAAAGAUUUUGCCGCAUCCGACCUGCUGCGGUUUACGACCAUUUUGCUGGUAGCCUCUCUAUAAAAGAUGGAAUGUGGAUAUUCGUCAGUUGUGCAGCUUCCCUGUGCUUGUGCGUCCGUGGCUAA